AUGACUGAAUUUAACGAGGCAAAUGAAUUGCUCGGCCACGCCGCGGUUGAGGCGCCGCUUGGCGGCAACAUUGCUAUGGCCCGACAAGGGAUGACAUGCUCGUUACAAGCGACGUGUGGAAAUGCCGUUGAUGCGGCGUUGCCAGCCAUUUCUCAAUUUUAUGAGAUGGUCAUGGACAAACUAGCGCACUUUAACUUCUCUUCCUCUGAGGACGUACUUCAGAUGUACGGCUUACCAGCAUUUGAGGCCCAAUUUGCUGUUUUGUUGGCGCAGCGCUACGUUCAGGACCUCGUGGAGAGAUGUGUGGGGCGGUUGUUAGCGAUUUUUCCUAAUGCCCCAAAUUUGCCUCGGCACCGAAUACUUGCAAGGGAGACGGUUCAAGAAGAACUGCGGUGGAGGUUUGGCGUCACAUAUCGCGAGUUGUGCCGCACGACGAGAGCGCGUAUCAAUGGCGUCUCGGUGCGCCAACUCUUGUGUGACGAGGAGCGCACCACGGCGCAGAGGUCGCAUGAAAUGGCAAUUCAAGAAUUGCUUCUGGAGGCUACGGACCGCCGGCAGAAGAUGAUUGAGGAGGAGGCGGGCGUCUUCUUUGGCACCAAGCACGAGCCCAUGUCGGCCAGUACGGGCCGACCGCUCCCGCCGCUGUGCGCAGAGGAAACGGCGGAGUGGCGCAACGCGGUGGUGGAGGCUGCCGGUGCGCUGCAGGCGCUGGAGCUUGAGGUACGGCGAAUAAGAGAUAGCGUUGACGCCGACACUGACGACGGCAGCGACGAGGAUGAAGAGCAGGAAUACGCUGGAAACUUGAUGGGCGGCGUAGCUGCUUUGUCUUCAAGAAAAAGAAGGAAUGGGAACGGUGCUCGCUUUGCGUCUGUGGAGGAGGAGGAGGCGUUUUUGCUGAAAAGGAUACAACGAGAGCAGGAGACACUUUCAUCGCUGCAACUGAAGCGCUCCAGCUGGGAUCAGGGGGUGAGAAGCUUGAUGGAGGAUGAUGUGGAAGUGAAAUCGAUGCGUUCAGAAUACAAUGCGCUUAUCCUGAAACAACAACAAGAGAUUGAUGAAUUGAAACAGGAGCUGCAGCGAAGCGCAGCCACCUUUGGCAUCAGUACUCCCUGA